AUGGACCAGACCAUGAAGGAUCUUGCGGGCAGGUCAAUUUCCGCCACGUACCUGGGAGCAGGAGUGCCCACAGUUUUGCCGCAUUUGUACUGGAAAGACUUUCCACAAUUCAAGACCGACCUUUCGCCUCUUGUCUUUGCAGCUCUUUGUCGAGGGCGCGUGGUGAGAGUCCCCGCAGGGAGCCUGGUGCGGGUGGUGGGCACCGAGCUGGUCAUCCCCUGCAACGUCAGCGACUACGACGGCCCCAGCGAGCAAAACUUCGACUGGAGCUUCUCGGCCUUGGGGAGCAGCUUCGUGGAGCUCGCCAGCACCUGGGAGGUGGGCUUCCCCGCCCAGCAGUACCGUGAGCGCCUGCAGAGGGGCGACAUCCUGCUGCGGCGGACAGCCAACGACGCCGUGGAGCUGCACAUAAAGAACGUCCAGCCCUCCGACCAAGGCCACUACAAGUGUUCCACUCCCAGCACGGACGCCACCGUCCAGGGCAACUAUGAGGAUACAGUGCAGGUUAAAGUGCUGCCGGAUGCCCUGCGCGUGGGCAGGUUCCGGCCCGGCCCCGGCUACGAGCAGCGCUACCGCGGCGGGGACGUGCGCCUGGACACCGAGGGCAGCGACGGCUACCGCCUCUCCGUGUCCCGGGCCCUGUCCUCCGACCAGGGCUCCUACCGGUGCAUCGUCAGCGAGUGGAUCGGAGAGCAGGGUAACUGGCAAGAAAUUCAAGAAAAAGCUGUGGAUGUGGCCACUGUGGUGAUCCAGCCGACAGUUCUCCGAGCCGCUGUGGCCAGGAAUGUAUCUGUGGCUGAAGGAAAGGAGCUGGACCUGGCCUGCAACAUCACAACAGACCGAAUGGAUGACGUUCGCCCCGAGGUGGCAUGGUACUUCAGCAGGACCCCGGACAGCACCUUGCCCGGCCCCCGCGUGUUGGCUCGGCUGGACCGUGAUUCCCUGGUGCACAGCUCUCCUCACGUUGCCUUGAGUCACGGGGACGCACGCUCCUUCCAUUUACUGGUUCGAGAUGUUAGCAAAGAAAAUGCUGGCUACUAUUUCUGCCACGUGGCACUCUGGACACCUGGGCACAACAGGAGCUGGCACAAGGUGGCAGAAGCCAUGUCGGCCCCAGCUGGUGUGGCCGUGACCUGGCUAGAACCAGAGUAUCAGGUGCACCUGAAUGCUUCUAAGGUCGCUGAGUUUUCAGACGAUCUCACAGCGCUGGAAUGCUGGAUAGUGGACAUGAAGAACGUGGAGGCGAGCGUCCGUUUCACGGUGUCCUGGUAUUACCGGAUGAACCGGCGCAGUGAUGAGGUGGUGGCCAGCGAGCUCCUGGCAGUCAUGAACGGGGACUGGACGCUGAAGUACGGAGAGAGGAGCAAGCAACGGGCCCAGGACGGAGACUUCAUUUUUUCUAAGGAACGUACAGACACGUUCAAUUUCCGAAUCCAAAGGACUACAGAGGAAGACAGGGGCAGUUAUUACUGUGUUGUGUCUGCCUGGACCAAACAGCGUAACGACAGCUGGGUGAAGAGCAAGGAUGUCUUCUCCAAACCGGUCAACAUAUUUUGGGCAUCAGAAGAUUCCGUGCUUGUGGUGAAGGCGAGGCAGCCAAAGCCUUUCUUUGCUGCAGGAAAUACAUUUGAGAUGACUUGCAAAGUGUCUUCCAAAAAUAUUAAGUCACCACGCUACUCCGUUCUCAUCACGGCUGAGAAGCCUGUUGGGGACCUCUCCAGUCCCAAUGAAACCAAGUACAUCAUUUCCCUGGACCAGGAUUCUGUGGUGAAGCUGGAGAAUUGGACAGAUGCGUCGCGGGUGGAUGGUGUGGUGUUAGAGAAAGUGCAGGAAGAUGAAUUUCGCUACCGAAUGUACCAGACUCAGGUCUCGGAUGCAGGGCUGUACCGCUGCGUGGUGACGGCCUGGUCUCCUGUCAGGGGCAGCCUGUGGCGGGAAGCAGCGACCAGUCUCUCCAAUCCUAUUGAGAUAGACUUCCAAACCUCAGGUCCUGUAUUUAAUGCCUCUGUGCACUCGGACACACCAUCGGUCGUCCGGGGAGAUCUGAUCAAGCUGUUCUGUAUCAUCACUGUUGAAGGAGCAGCCCUGGACCCAGAUGACAUGGCCUUUGAUGUGUCCUGGUUUGCGGUGCACUCCUUUGGCCUGGACAAGGAUCCCGUCCACCUGUCGUCCCUGGAUCGGAAGGGGAUUGUGAGCACAGCCCAGAGGGAGUGGAAGAGCGGGCUCAGCCUGGAGCGCGUGAGCGUGCUGGAAUUCUUACUGCAAGUGCAUGGCUCUGAGGACCAGGACUUUGGCAACUACUAUUGCUAUGUGACUCCGUGGGUGAAGUCACCCACAGGCUCCUGGCAGAAAGAGACAGAGAUCCACUCCAAGCCCAUCUUUAUAACUGUGAAGAUGGAUGUGCUGAACGCCUUCAAGUACCCGCUGCUGAUCGGCGUUGGCCUGUCCACUGUCAUCGGGCUCCUGUCCUGCCUCAUCGGGUACUGCAGCUCCCACUGGUGCUGUAAGAAGGAGGUCCAGGAGACGAGGCGUGAGCGCCGCCGGCUCAUGUCGAUGGAGAUGGACUAGACGGUGCCGGGAGAGGCCAGGACAGAGGGACGGUCGAGGAGCAAUUUGGGCGAGAAGAGGACAGUGAUCUUUUAACGCGAAGUGUGUUACACUAAAAACCAGUCCUCUCUAAUCUCAGGUGGGACUUGGCGCUCUCUCUUUUCUGCAUGUCAAGUUCUGAGCGCGGACCUGUCUACCAGCACACAGCCCUUCUUCCCACGGCACUUUCUGAUAGAACAGUCGAGUGUGUGUUUUCCCAACUGCGGCUUUUUAAUGGUUAACCUUUGUCUAAUUUUUUUCUCCUACUGGUUUAUAGAUCUCUGACCUGAGUGUGUUUCUAUCUUUCGGUUCAAGGGGUUGCAGUGAGGAAGGGGUGAUGGCGUUCAGAGUUCUUUGUCUUGGGUGAGAGCGGGACUGCCCGCGUGAGGGCCGGCUUCCCGCUGGAGGCACGCGUCAAGGGUGCCGCUCGGUAGGACCCUCUACCCCGGCCGAGGGACAGCACAGCCCAGUGCCGGAGGCUCGUUUGUGGCUUUUACAACCCUCCCCCACCCCCUAUUUUCAGGGGUUUAGAUGACAUUUGAAAUCUAAACUUGCAGGACGUAACUUCCUGUUGAGCCCCAGUGCAUUCUGUUGUGUUUUGUUUUCUGCUCCUCUGCCCCCUUUCCAUUUCUUUCGUAUUUACUUUAUGUGCGCGUGCUGAGAUGGCCCUGGAAUCGAGAAUUUGGCUCUCCACCAAGCACCUUAUCUUGCCACCUUAGCCUUAAGAAUGAGAAUGAAGAGAAAUACACAGCCACCUCUGUCCAGGGCAGUACGAAGGCCUGCAAGGAAGAGGAGGUUGGGGACAAAGAAAGGAGCAGAAGGUCACUUCCAUAGCUCUGAGGCCACCAUGCCCCCGGGGACCCCGAGGAUGGCGGAGGGGGGAUCCUGGGCAUUAGAUUUCUGCAGCUCGUCCCCGGAGGGUCAGUGGUGCCGGGGUGUGUCAGGUGGAAAGAGCCACCUCCACCCCCUGUCCUGCCCUUUGUGGGGGGUAGGGGCCUGGUGGGUCUGCAGAGGGACCCACAGACCCCCUGCGUCCUUCACGGGCUACUUCGGCUCCUUAACAUGGAGGCCAAUUGCUGCUUGCAAAACUGACUGACUUCACGGAAUCGGAAAUUACCUAGAAGAACCAUGCAUUUUCUAUGACCUUUUCAGUCCUUCAAGUCUUUUUAAGAUUCCCCUGCAGGGGGUUAGUGAGAAAGGGUAUACUUUGUGGUAUGUUUGCUUUCCUAUUAGGAAAACAGAGGAAACCCAGCAAUUUAUUGCUACAUGAACAGCCUACAAAGUAGAUCUGAGAGCAGUCCAUAUUGCCUGAUUGCUCGUACCGGGAGUAGGACCAUGGACCCAAAGAGAUCUUCCGCUCCCUGAAGCGUCUCACCCCCUGCACAGCGCUGGCCUUCGGGAAGCAUCCCAGUGGGGUUUUCUGAGGCUCGCUGGUGACUCAUGCCCUACAUUGCAAUCCUCUGUGCUUUUAUCCUGGCUCUGAAGGAUCUAACACACUGCUCUGUCUUCCGAAGGGGAAAAAAAAGAUUCGUCUGUUUUGAGCAAUAAAGUCGUACAAAAUGAUGGCCA